AUGAAAGUCUGCUACUGCUGUGUUUUUCUAUUAUUUUGGUCCUCUGUGGCAAACGUUCAGUCCUUUCAAGUCAAGUACAAUCACUGGAACAAACGAGUUCUCGUUUUGCGGAAUACCAACGAGAAAACAAAUGAAGGGGAGUUUUCGGGAAGCAAACGAGUGUGCAUUAUAGGCAGUGGCUGGGCUGGGUUUUCGGCAGCUGAUGCAUUGUCAAGAUGCAAGGUCGUUGGAGGUGACGAGGGUGACAUGAAACCAUUAGAGAUUCAUUUGCUGGAUGCUUCUCCAAGGGGGCCUGGUGGCCUCGCGGCGGGAUGGAAAUCACGUCGGUUGAACCGAACAGUAGAAGCGGGACUGCACGGUUUCUGGAGGGAAUACAAGAAUACCUACGCGGCCAUCGAAGGGGCAGGACUCGAAAUUGACGAUGUGUUGACAGAUUAUACUCCGUCCGUAUUGGUCUCGGAAUCAGGGAGAGUCGCUCUUGCGCCAGUGUUGGGUGAAGAAGCCAAUAGGAAACAUCUGCCCUUGGACUUAAGAGGAUCGGUUUCACUGCUAUCUACUUUGGCGAACCUACUACCACCGCCACUAGACAUAGCACUUCUUUCUGAAUUCGAUGGGAAAAGCCCUUUGACGGUUGCAGACAGAAUGAGUGCUCUUGGUCUUCUUGGCGUUUGGAGCGACUUCGAUCAAAAUGACAAAAAAAGUUGGUUAAGGUAUGAUAGUAUAAGUGCAGACACUCUUUUUAGAUCUAUUGGGGGGGUGAGCAAUAGAGCAUAUCGCGAACUAGUUGCGCCGCUCCUUCACGUCUUACCGAUGACCCCUGGCUAUGACUGUUCCGCAGCUGCUGCUCUCUCGUGCUUUCAUACAUUUGCUCUUCAGUCCAAAGGUGCAUUUGAUGUUCGAUGGUGCAAAGGGAGCAUCUCCGAGCUAAUCUUCAAUCCUUGGGCAGCAAAACUACAAGGAACAGGAAGCAUACUAAUUGAUGGUAGCUCGAAAGUCACAUCGAUAGAAGAGAUUUGUUCGAAGGGGAAAAAGGAGUUCAAGGUUGAGAUCAAUGAAGAGAAAACUCUCGAAUUUGAUUACAUUAUCUUUGCAGUUGGCGCGAACUCCUUCAAGAGACUCUUGCCGAAAUGUUCUUUUCUUUCCAAGCACCCUGAUGCAGACAAUUGGCGAAGUCUACGCGGAAUCACAUGCGUUGCUGUUCGGCUAUUUCUGAGACCGCAAACCUCAGACAACGGUGCUGUUUCCGGUAUCCGGGCAAUCGACGAGGCAAUGGACGAGGCUGUUUUUGUAUGCGGACCAAAUGUCGGUGGUAUCCCCGAGCUCGUAGAAACUGGAUUCUGUAUAUAUGACCUACAACGACUGCAGAAUGAAUACUCUCUUUUGACUCAACGAAAUGAGGAGACAAUCCCAUGCGUUGCAUAUGAAAUAGACUUUUUUCGAGCCAAUUGCCUCGUGGACAUGGGCAAUGAUGCAGUUGCAACUUUGGCGCUGAAGGCUUUGUGCGCAGCGCUCGAAAUCCCCCCCAUUGAAAUAGGGUCAAUUCUCGACGUCUCUGUGAUCAGAGCCAACGAUGCCGUAUCACAUUUCUGUGUCCGAUCCGCAUUGUGUUCGCCCCCAGUCAAAUUACUAGACGGUGUUUUCAUGUGUGGUGAUUGGAUUGACAGAACAGGCCAUGGGUCAUGGAGUACCGAAAAGGCUGUUGUAACUGGCAGACAAGCUGCUGCAUCUCUCGCGAAGGAUAUUGGACUUGAUUGCGAUGCUGAAGUAAUUCCAGUUGCUUCUGAGACACCGCAGCUAGGUGCUCUCCGCCGGAUUGCAAGGGCAUUUAUCCCGCCUGGCACUAUUCCUCCUGCUCCUUGGGCUCUCUGGAAUCAACUUGCCCCCUAA